AUGUUGCCUUAUCCCGUAUUUGAAGGUUAUUCUCGCAAAUUAAUGACAUUAACAAUGAUAUUAAAAAAUAAUGAGAUUUUAUUGGGUAUGAAAAACCGUGGAAUAGGUAAAGGAAAAUGGAAUGGUUUUGGUGGAAAAGUAGAACCCAAUGAAACAAUUGAUGAUGCUGCUAUACGGUUUGAAGUUUUAUUUUUAUUGAGAAUUAUAAUGUUUAAAUAAUUUUCUUAUUAAGAGAAUCAUACUUAUUUUCAGUGAAGUUAAAGAAGAAUGUGGAUUAGACGUGAUUUCUAUAGAAAAAAUUGGCAUCAUAGAAUUUGAAUAUAGCGGUUCAAAAGAACUACUAGAGGGACAUAUUUAUUUAUGUAAGCUUUUUAGUGGUGAAAUAAUUGAAUCUGAUGGUUAGAUAAACAUAUCAUAUUAUGAUUAAUAUUUUUACUCUUAAUUAAACAAAAAAUUAAAUUAAUUUUAGAAAUGGCACCAAUAAAGUGGUACAAAAUAGAAGAUACUCCUUGUGAUAAAAUGUGGAUUGAUCAUAAAUUUUGGUUCCCAAUGAUACAAAAACAAAUUCCAUUCAAAGCUCAUUUUAAGUAUCUAAAUGAUGAUACUAUGUUAGAUAGUACCAUUGUCAUUAUAUCAAAUUCUAUGAAAAAGUCCAGGAAAACUUUUGUUAAUUUUGUUAUAAAAAAAGAAAAUCAAAUCCUUUUGUGUAACAAAAUUGAAGGUUCUAAAUGUUUAUUAAAACACAAGCCGGUCAGAAACGGAGAGUCUAUAGAAAAUUCAGCUAUUAGGUUAGUUGAAGACAAUUUUUACUUUAAUUAUUUUUUUAAAUAAUUGAAAUUUGGUAAUUUUUUUGUUUUAGAUAUUUAGAAUGGAAUUAUGGAAUGACUGCAGAACAGUUUCAAAAAAUAGCUGUUGUAGAUAUUGAAUUUAUUGAUGAUUCAUGUACUCAAGAAAUAUAUUUUUUUGUAGUAGAUGUUACAAAAUUAAUAAAUACGCCACUAAUUGAAGGUAGAUUUUGGUACUAAUUUAUUUCACUACUAUUAUUUAACAAAAUAUUUAGAUGAUUAUUUUUUGUUUAGACAGCAAAUGGGUGAAUAUUAGUGAUAUAACAGUAGAGAAUUUAUGGCCAGAUUAUACAUUUUUGUCAAAACUCUUAAUGAUGGAACCAUUUAAAGCAUAUUUUCUAAUCAAUGAAGAUAAUAUAUUAUGUAGCAAAUAUUACAAUAAUUAA